AUGGUACGAGACUUGAAGAGAUCACAGUCUAAGAGAUCUUUUGAUCUGCAUGGUGAAAUUCAACAACAGCUGAAAAAUCUUCAUAGUUUGGAGAUAUUAACAAUUGAGUAUGCUGGCCUCACUGGUGUAAUACCACAAGAGAUUGGUGACCUACGCCAUCUGGAGGUUUUAGGUUUAGAUAUCAAUAGCUUACAAGGUCCCAUUCCGGCUACAAUUUUUAACAUUUCAACACUACGAAUCCUUGGAUUCACGGAAAAUCAUCUUUUAAGCAAACUUCCGUCAAGUAUUAGGUUACCCAAUCUUAAAGAGUGGUACCUUGAUGGAAAUAACCUUGACGGAAUUAUCCCUCACUCCAUCUCCAAUCUUUCCAAACUCAUUCAUUUAGACCUUGCCUUGAACAAUUUCAGCCAUUCACUUCCCAACUCACUUGGUAACUUGGAACUGCUUGAACUUUUAAACCUAGAAGGAAACAAUUUCAUUGGUGAAUCUUCAAACGCAGAAUUGAGCCUUAUUACUGCCUUGACAAAAUGCAGACGUUUAAGAAAAUUGUGGAUAGCCGAAAAUCCUCUAAAUGGCAUUCUUCCAGUUUCCAUUGGGAAUCUCUCCACUUCACUUCAAGAAAUCGAUGCCAGAAAUUGUGAAAUUAAGGGCAGCAUUCCCAACCAUAUUGGUAACUUGAGCAAUUUGGCUUUCUUAAGUUUGUAUGGUAAUGGCUUCACUGGAUCUAUUCCCAUGACAGUGAAACAGUUGCAAAGGCUUCAAGUUUUAGAUCUUGGAUAUAACAAGAUACAAGGGCCCAUUCCAAAUAAUCUUUGCCACUUACACAACUUGGGUGAUAUCCCUGACACAGUUGGAGCUCUACAAACCUUAAUCAGUCUUUCUUUGGCACAUAACAGAUUAUGUGGACAUAUUCCUGAGUCAUUUGGCAACUUGAUAAGCUUGGAAUCAUUGGAUGUAUCUUAUAACAAUCUCUCAGGUGUAAUUUCGAAGUCCAUGGAGUCACUCUUAUACCUUCAAUAUUUCAAUGCAUCUUUCAAUAGGUUACAAGGAGAAAUUCCGACCAAAGGACCAUUUAUAAACUUCACAAAUCAGUCCUUCAUGUCAAAUGAAGCACUAUGUGGUGCCCCGCAGUUGCAAAUCCCACCAUGCCAUUCAAGUUCUCUUCACGGAUCAAGGACAAAAAGAGUGCUUCUAGUUGGUUACAUUUUGUUUCCAAUUGCUUUAAUUGCCAUGACCUUCACAUUUGUAUCAAUAAGAUGUUGGAAGAGAAACAGAACUCCAACUGAAACGGAGCUGUUACCCACAUUAACACAAGACAGAAUUUCAUACAAAGAACUUUUACAUGCUACUAAUGGUUUUAGUAAUAGCAACUUGCUUGGAACGGGAAGUUUUGGUUCUAUUUACAGAGGGACAUUUAUAGAUGGGACCGUUUUGGCAAUCAAGGUAUUCAAUAUAAAAUUAGAAGGUGCGUCCAAGAGUUUUGAUACGGAAUGUGAAAUGUUGCGCAACACUCGCCAUAGAAAUCUCACAAAAGUUAUCAGCAGUUGCUCUAACCUAGAUUUCAGAGCCCUGAGAUUAGACAUAAUGAUUGAUGUAGCAUGUGCGUUAGACUAUCUCCACCAUGGUUAUUCAAUACCAUUGGUUCAUUGUGAUUUGAAGCCUAACAAUGUUCUGUUGGAUGAAGAUAUGGUUGCACAUCUUAGUGAUUUUGGAAUUUCGAAGUUCUUGGGUGAGGGGGAGAGUAUUGAUCACACCAAGACUCUAGCAACUUUGGGAUAUAUUGUACCAGGUGAAGCUUUUGACAUUAAUUUUUUUCAAAUCUUACUUCAGGAAGGAUUAAUAUCCACAAGGUCCGAUAUUUACAGUUAUGGUAUGAUGUUAAUGGAAACAUUUACAAGAACUAAGCCCAGUGAUGAAAAAUUUGCUGGAGACUUGAGCUUGAAGCUAUGGGUAAGUGAGUCACUACCUAAUGCAAUAAUUCACGUUAUAGAUGCCAACUUGCUCAGCCCAGAGGAAGGACAACUCGGUGCAAAGGUGCAAUGUGUAUCAGCCAUCUUGCAAUUGGCUCUGAAUUGCUGUGCAGAAUCACAGGAUCAACAUGAAAGAAACCCUGGCAACACUGAAGAAGAUCAGACAUAA